UUGCCUUCGCCUAAACGCGCUGGCUGGAUCGGCUCGUACCCACAGCUGAAAAUUGUUGCAGUGAUGACUCAGACAGUUCAGACCAAUGGGGUUCAACCCCUCAGUAAGACCUGGGAGCUGAGUCUCUAUGAACUACAGAGAACUCCACAGGAGGCUAUAACAGAUGGACUGGAAAUAGCGGUGUCGCCUAGGUCCCUACACAGCGAACUCAUGUGUCCUAUCUGUCUGGACAUGUUGAAGAACACAAUGACAACCAAAGAAUGUCUGCACCGCUUCUGCGCUGAUUGUAUCAUCACAGCUUUAAGAUCUGGUAAUAAAGAGUGUCCCACCUGUCGCAAGAAGCUGGUGUCCAAGAGGUCGCUGCGUCCAGACCCUAACUUUGAUGCUCUGAUUAGCAAGAUUUAUCCCAGCCGUGAUGAGUACGAAGCCCACCAAGAGAGAGUGUUGGCCCGCAUUAGCAAACACAACAACCAGCAAGCCCUGUCCCACAGCAUAGAGGAGGGGCUGAAGAUACAGGCCAUGACUAGACUGCAGCGCGGGAAGAGACACACAGUGGAAAAUGGUAGCGGAGCUGAGGACAAUGGAGACUCUUCCCAUUGUAGCAACGCAUCUGUCCACAGCAACCAGGAGGCGGGUCCCAGCAUUAAGCGCACCAAGACGAGCGACGACAGCGGUUUGGACAUGGAUAAUGCUGCUGAGAAUGGGGGCGGGGACUCAGUGAUAGAUGGCGGUGCCAGCGAAAUAGAACUGGUGUUCAGGCCACAUCCCACCCUGAUGGAGAAGGAUGACGGGCACAACAGUGUGGAGUUUGUCCCUCGCUACAUAAAGACGUCCGGAAAUGCUACAGUGGAUCACCUGUCUAAAUACCUGGCUGUCAGACUGGCUCUGGAGGAGCUGAGGAGAAACGCAGAGGCCAGUCCUGUUAAUGUGGAGGCAGCUUCAGAGAAACAGUACACCAUCUACAUACCUACUGCUGGAAACCAGUUCACCGUUCUCAACGGUUCUUUCUCCCUGGAGCUGGUCAGCGAAAAGUACUGGAAGGUCAACAAACCCAUGGAGCUCUACUUUGCUCCAACUAAAGAACACAAGUAGACACACACGCAACACACACACACAUGCAUACACACACAUUUACACAUGCCAGUAGGAAGUACACACAUGGACUUUGCUACACCUGCACACACAGAGACACGAGGAGAGGAAUGUGUGUGUCUGAAGGAGAUGAGAGGGGUUGGUUUUACCCUCAAAAGGACUCUUGUAAAAAGACAAAAACUUGUUUUAUAUUCUCGGUAUCUUUCUCUGUGUCUCUUUCUAUCUCUCUCUCUCUGUAGAAGGUAGCAGAUCAGUACAGCAGCCAGCAGGGAAUCCAAGUGAUAACGGGCUUUUAAAGUGGAUGUUGAUUCUCUCCAGCUCUGAAAACCAGGGUCUGUUCACAGUCUGAAUUAGAAAUGUUUGUUUUUUUCCAGGUUUGGAACAUUGUAUUAUACUGUAUUUGUCUUCAGCAAAGGCCCCUUUAUGCUCUGUGAUUCUGGUCUGCACCAGAAGUUGACUGUGAGAGAAACAUGGUGAAAUCUUUAGAUACAAAUCUCACUGAGAGCCAUGCAGAAUACACUAGCUAUAAGACAGGUGUGUGUGUGCGUUUACACACCCAUGUAACGCUUUGAAAUCUGAGCAAAUUGCCUUGAUUUCUGUUAAUGACAUGGGAAGAAAACAGUGGAGAAGAAGAUUUGACCUGAAAAUUCGCAAGACAUGAUUAAAUUUAGUGAAAUAAAAACAGUAGCACAAAACAAAACAGAGAAAUGACCUGGAAAAUGUGCUUCAAACAUUAGAAUAAUU